AGUUGUAGUAGUACUGCUGGUGUUAUUUGUUAGAGCCCCUUCGCUUUCUUCUCCUCCGCGAUGUUCAGUCAGCCCGUGUACCUCAGCGCCGGUGACGAGUACGACAAGCGCGAGCCGCACGCCGCCAAGCCUACCGGCCGCCCACCCUUCGUCGUCGCGGCGAAGCGCAACCCGCACAUCAGCGACGCCACCUUUGGCCCCGUCGUCUCCCUUUCCACCGGCGACCCGUACCACUCCGUCGGCUUCGGCGGCCCUUUCCGCCAGCCCGUCGACGACGGCUCCAAGAAGGAGACGGUGCUCCCGCCCUUCCGGCCCCCCGGGGCCAGCAAGAAGAGCAGCGGGAAGGGCGACUACUACGGCACCUUCGCGGAGAAGGAGCCAAUCCGGCACGAGACGGAGUUCCCCCCGAUCAAGUCGGCCGCUGACCUAAAGGCCGAGACGGCCGCGGCGAUGAAGAACUUUAUUGUCAACCCGGCGAAGAAGGGCACCUACGGCUACCCCGGCCUGACGAUUGGGCAGGCAGGCGAGGUGCAGUACGUGGCGGACCCGUACGAAGGGACCGCCCGCAGGGAGGCGCUGCAGAGCAAGUUGGAGGCGACGAAGCGUGUCGGGCCGCCCUUCCGCAGCGCCGUCCGCAAAGGCGGCUGCUUGGACGAAUCGGCCUACGGGGUGAGCCGCGUCUACGCUCUGACGAAGCCGCUGCCGCCAAAGCGAAGUCCGUCGGCAUCGGAGAAGCAGAGGACCCUCGCGGUGGGCCGCAAGCCGUGGGUGCCUGGCGGUGCCCUGGUGCCCGAGUUGUCGAAGCAGCCCGAGUACCAGGAGGACCCAUACGACGUAAAGGAGCAGAAGGUGCGGGAGAUGCGGCAGCGGGAGAGCAGCUACAAGCCGUGGGUGCCGGCCGGCAACGACCCUUACCGCUUCAUCUACACGACGCCGAUCCCCUACGACCCACCGAUGGUGGCGUAA